AAAAUAUUCUUAUAUGUUAAACGAAUUUUUUAUAAUUUGUAAUGAACCAUAUAAAAAAACUCCUGAUAAAGUUAUUGAGUUAAAGCCAAAUAGUAAAGUAAUUUGGAUUUACGAUAAAUAAUAAAUGCCAUAUGUUUUAAGAGGUUUUAUAUUAGUAGUAGGGAAAAAUUAAUACAAAUAUUUGGCAGAAAAUAUAGUUUUAACGACAUUAAAAGGAAUUUUUAGUUAAAAAAUUUUCUAAGCAAAAUUUUAGGAUGAAUAUGAAAUAAUUGCUUUAAUAGGAAAAGGUAAUUACGCAAGAGUUUAUUCAGCUAGAUAAAGAAUGACAUAAAAAAAAUUUGCAGUAAAAUGUUUUGAAAAAAAUAAAUUAUAAGAAACAGAUAGAGGAAUGCUAUCGUUAUAUAAUGAAUUGAAAGUAAUGCGAAAUAUAUGUGAUAAUCCAAAUAUAAUAAAAUUAUAUGAAACAUUUGAAGGUGAAAAUACAUUUUAUUUUGUAAUGGAGAUCAUUGAAAAUUGUACCUCUUUAUAUGAAGAUGUUAAAAAACAUUCUUAAAUUCCAUAUUAGGAUAUUGAAAUUAUGUAAAUUAUGAAAAUGAUAUUAGAAGGUUUAAAUUAUAUUUCUUCUAAAAAAAUAAUGCAUAGAGAUUUAAAACUUGAAAAUAUUCUAUAUUUAAAAAAAGACUAAUAAUAAUAUUUAAAAAUUGUCGACUUUGGUUUAGGUAAUUUUUGCGAUGAAUACCCUUAUUUAUUUCCUAAAUGUGGUACACCUGGAUUCGUAGCACCAGAAAUAGCUAAUUUAGUAGAUAAGACAUCAAAAUAUUCUACAGUAUGUGAUAUUUUUUCAGCUGGAAUUUAUAAAUUUAAAUAUAAUUUAUUAUCUAAUCCUGUUUUCUAGAUGCCAUUGUUUGAUAUAAGUAUGAAUGUAAAUAUAAAAAAAUGA